AUGAAUGUGAACGCUCAUGUCGAGUGUGAUUACUCUGUGUCCACAGGUCAUUGGUCUGAGCCCCGACUGGUGGAAGAUCCUUUGCUGCGGAUUCACGGUCUUGCCCCUGGGCUCAACUAUGGCCAGCAAGCGUUCGAGGGCAUGAAAGCCUAUCGUGACCCCCAAGGACAGAUCCACGUCUUCCGGCCCAAGGACCACGCAGCCCGUCUUGCUCUGUCAUGCUCGGCCAUUGCUAUUCCUACAAUCCCAGAAGAACUCUUUUUACGUAGUGUCAAUUUGGCCGUUGCCAGGAAUGCGGAGUAUGUACCCCCACAUGAUACGGACGCUGCUCUGUACAUUCGGCCUCUGGCCUUCGGAUCCGAUGCUUUCUUUGCUGUCUCUGCUGGUACGGGAUACAAGUUCUGCAUCUAUGUUCAGCCUUAUAAAGCCUACCAUGGCAGUCAGCCUAUUCCAGCCCUGAUUCUGGAAGACUUGGACAGAGCUGCUCCCAAAGGUGUGGGCCAUGUUAAGGUUGGCGGAAACUAUGCCCCUGUCCUGAAAUGGAGUGACCAGGCCCGCGCUGAGGGCUUCUUCAUUACCCUGCACCUCGAUAGCCGGACCAACUCCGAAAUUGAUGAGUUCAGUACAUCAGGAUUUCUCGGUCUGAAGAAGACCGGGGAGUCCUUUACAGUGGUUGUGCCCAGUAGCCGCUCGAUUCUGAAGAGUGUAACAAGCACCACAUGUCUGGACCUGGCCAGAUCCUUGGGUUGGAAUGUCGAGGUCCGCGCGAUCCCAUAUUCCGAGCUCCCCUACUUCACUGAGGUCGUGGCGGUUGGCACUGCGGCAAUGUUGGUCCCCAUCAGAUCAAUCACCCGGAAGUCCACUGGUGAGACUUUUCAGUUUAGUACUGAUGGCCCCGGCGAUGGUUGUCAAAAGUUGCUGCAGACUCUCGUGGACACUCAGAAAGGAAGAGUCAAGUCCAACGAGGAUUGGCUGUGGCAGGUUUCGCCUGUUGGGGAGGGCGCUGGGGAUAGCAACGCACCAUAG